GGCGCAGAGAGAAAGCGCACCUUCGGCCGCCAGAAAGCGAGCAGGGAGCCGGCACUUGGGAGGGCGGACGGUGAUGAUGUGAUGCUGAUCUGAUACGGGCCGCCGGCAGCAGAUACGGGCGGAGCGGCUCUUAUAAGAGACACUUGGCUGCUCUCUGCUCGGAUCAAGGGAGGCGCAGCAGCGGAGCGGAGCGCCACAUCCUAGAGGUGUAUUUCCAGUCAGCUAUGAUGUCGGUUCAAACUCCUCCCCUCUCUCGCUCUGGCUCCUCCCCCUCCACUGGGGGUCUGGCCAAUCGCAGCAGCUCUUCCACUAAUCCUCCCACCUCCCUCAACCUUCGCUCUUCAUACAACCAGUUGCUUGGCUGUGAUGUCAUCAAGGAGUCUAUGGAAACUGGAAGUUCGGCCACUUUACCAAAGAGCAGACAGAGGCACACAAUGACCAAUGUCCGGAGUGCCAUGGGAAUAAGUGACAACUUGGCUUUAACCUCCAAAAACCAACCUGCAUCCAGAGGUAGAGGCCUCCCGACCAAAUCCUCCUCCAGUUCUGCUCUCUACUCUUACUUUUCCUCCUCGUCUUCGUCACUAUGUAAUACAACCAACCCCAAACUGGCCAAGAAUGGCGCCAACAUGCAGAGACGAGCCGAGAGCCAACAGUUGGAGCUGAGUAGAGCCAAUACUGUGGACAAAAUACACAAUGAUCUAAUCAAUAAUCCUAGUUCCGACUGGCUAGACUUUGGUAAAGACAACUCCCAGUUGCCUCCAUUUCGCAGAAGGACCAAGAGCUUCUUGGAGUACAGUGGCAAGGGUUGGGAUCUGGACCCCACUUGGGGGAACAAAGAAGAGAAGGAAGAGAAGAAGCAGCAGCCUUCCUCAGAGAAGGAACAAGCCAGUCCUGUUAAAGAAAGAGAGAGCCAGAAAGAAAAGCACAGCAGCAAGCAGAUGUGCCAGGAAGAGAAGGAAGAAGUGGAACCCAUGGUGGAGGAAAAUGAAGGGCUAGAUGAGCCCACCCCAACACCAAGACAGCCCCUGCUGCCAGUGGUGGUUGAAGCUCCUCUUUCCUCCACCUCAUCCUCUUCUACCAAUAGCCCGGAGUGGCUGCCAGACAACCAGAAGCCUCUCCAGGACCAAGCUCCAGCACAAGUCAAAGAGGAGCUCUGUGUCCAGGUUCAGCCCAGUCCACGUAGUCCCGCAAAGCCCCCUCGAAGUUCCCAGCCUCGGGUGAUCAAAGUGGAGCUGCAUCCCAACAACGAGAACCAGUUUUUGCAACAGUACCCACCAUCAUCCCCAAAACAGACCAGAGCUGUGGAGAAAAACACCCCUACCAAGAACCGGGCACCUCCUCCACUGGCUGAUCCUGAGCCACAGACUGGACUCCCUAAAGUGGGCUUAAGAAUGGAUCUGACUCCUGACACUCCAUCAGAGGAUGAGGACUCCAGCUGGACCACCCUGUCACAGGAGACACCCUCUCCACAGACUCCUCGAGAGACAGGAGAUGUAUGGGUUGAAGGGGAGCUGCCUCCAGGCUGGAGGGAGAUCUCAGACUCAUCAGAGGUCUAUUUCUGGCAUGUUCCCACUGGCACUACACAGUACGACCGACCUGUUGCCUCCAGCAACCAAAACGCCUCUCCCAGCCAUGAGGCCGACACUGAACAUGGGCAGGAAAAUCAAACGCACGAGUCCCUCAGGGCACCAAAUGAGCGUCCCAGCAGCCUGAUAUCUGACAGCUCUGUGGAGCCCGUUCCCUCGCCCUCUGGCUCAUCCCCCUCCCCAACCUCCCCCACCUCCCCCACUUCCACCACCCCCUCCAGUGUGACGACUUCUGGACAAAUUCAAGACACCUCCACCUGCACAGCAAAUGAGCUGAAGGACUACCCAGUCUAUCCAGAUCCCAGUCUUAAAGCAUUUGAAGGAGCUACCCUCCGCUACGCCUCUCUGAAACUCAACCCUCCGGCCCAGCUGCAGACAGUGGACCUCAACAGCUCCUUCACUGAUCCAGAGGCAAUGUCGUUUCCAGUGCGAUCUCUGGGCUGGGUGGAGAUGGCGGAGCAGGACCUGUGUGAGGGGAGGAGCAGCGUGGCCGUCCACCACUGUAUCAGACAGCUGUCCUACUGCAGGAGGGACAUACGGGACUCCGCUGGUGUCUGGGGAGAGGGUAAAGGGAUGCUUUUAGUGCUUCAGGAUCGCAUGUUAACCCUGGUUGACCCAGACGACCGCAGCUUGCUCCACUCUCAGCCAAUCAGCAGCAUCCGCGUCUGGGGUGUCGGACGAGACCAUGACAGGGAUUUUGCUUAUGUGGCCAGAGACAAAAACACGCGGGUGUUGAAGUGCCACGUUUUCCGAUGUGAUACUCCCGCCGCAGCCAUCGCCACAAGUCUCCACGAAAUUUGUUCCAAGAUUAUGGCUGAAAGAAAAAGUGCCAAAGCUGCAGCAGGCAGCUCUUCCCAGAACGGCUCUGAUGUACCCCUACAAGAGUUCCCCAUGCCAAAGACUGAGUUGGUGCAGAAAUUUCAUGUGCUAUAUCUGGGUGUGACAUCUGUGUCCCGUCCAAUAGGUAUGGAUGUCAUAAAUGGAGCAAUAGACAACCUUGUCUCCUCCACAGGCAAGGAAGACUGGAUUCCUGUCAUACUAAGUAUUGCUGACACUACUGUGGCUGUCAUCAAAGAAAAGGAGGAGGAAGAAGAGGUACUGGUGGAGUGUCGCGUCCGUUUUUUGUCCUUCAUGGGCGUGGGUCGGGAUGUGCAUACCUUUGCCUUCAUUAUGGACACAGGGAACCAGCAUUUCCAGUGUCACGUGUUCUGGUGUGAUCCCAACGCAGGCAGCGUCUCUGAGGCUGUGCAGGCAGCUUGUGUCCUCCGCUACCAGAAAUGUUUGGUGGCACGACCGCCCUCCCAGCGCGCUGGCUCCUCUUCCUCUCCCUCUGCAGAUUCAGUGACCCGGCGGGUGACCACCAGCGUGAAACGCAGCGUCCAGUCUCUCAUAGACACUCUGAAACCCAAGAAACAAUCCGAACUUCCCCAGCAAUGACCGUCACCACUGACCACCGCACCCCACCCCAGCCUGGAAACCACUCACACCAUCACCACGACAACACCUAAUCAGAACCAGCCAUGGUUACCCAUGAUGUACAUAAAGUAUAACAGUCAUCACCCCAAAUAGAGGAAAGAAGAGCGAUCCUAAGAACUGCCUGAUGAUGUUUAAAAAAGAAAAAAGGAAAACUCACCUGUUUUGUGUGAAACAUUUGAAAAGCUGGUGUCACUGGUCCAACUUUGACCUUUAAAUGCAGCUUUGUGCAAGUAAAACACCCUUCCUGCUUGUGGAUUUCUACACUAGAUGGAUUACUGGACAUUGUGCUCUACAGACAGGAUUACCCAGACUGAUUCACAGAUUUGUUACAGCCAACUCAUGGUUUACCCAUUUUUCUUUCCAUCUGUGUUCCCUUCUGGGUGAGCUUCAGUAGCCUUCUGGGACAAUAAGGGUCUUGUCUUGCUGUAAAGACUGAGAAAAUCAUACAAGAUCAAACAGAGGGGACUUGUCAUCAUCCUGCAGCUGCCCACCAAAUGGUAUAAAAAUGUUUCAAUGGCUUCAAUAAGAGACAGACUGGAAAGACACAAAACAUCCCCUUUUCACUAUGAAUGAAGUGAUUGUAAUAAUGAAGUGUAUGUAAAUGAUUGUAUGUAGAAAGAGACAUAUUAGGGCACAAAACCUGUAGAUUAAGUAUCAGGGAGAGGUGAGAUGUAGGUGACGGUAAAAAUGGAACAGAAGUGGGUUUGGAUUAUGCAUGUUUUCUUGAUAGGGGUUUGUUUCAUGUUGAUUAAUUAAGGGUCUUGAUAAGAAGACUGGUGAACACACACACACACACACACACACACACACACACACACACACACACACACACACACACACACACGGAAAAAUAGAUGUUUGUAUAAAUCAUCUUUCAUUGUCAAUGACUGGAUGUAUAGUAGCACAAGAAAAUCCACAGUCAUAACCCAGCUGAAAGGUUACUGCCCCAUUUAAAAAGAAAAGAAAAAAACAUACACACACAUAAUUAAUGAUUGUAUUAUUUUUCUUUCACUUCUUUAAUAAAUCGGUUGAUCUGCAAAAGAAAUUUAGGGUGUGUGUCCACAUUACGCUUUUCAAUGGCAGAAAAGUACUCACAGGGUGCAAGGUAAAAAGCAGCAUUUGUUUUUAAACCAACAAUAAUAAUCUUUGUUUUCUACGACUGUCACGCCAUCAUAUUGUCAAGCCUCAAAAUGACAGCUGUAUUGAAGUCAGAAAUCUGUUAUGGCACCAUUAUAGUGAAUAUCAUCAUUGUGUGCAAGAGCUACAGUAAAAAAGAAAAAAUUAUGAUAAUAAUAAUAAUUAUAUUAAAAGAAAGCCUGGUUACAGACAAAAGAAGAGAUGUAGUGCCCCCUGAAAAAAGAUGCUACAUGAAGUGUUUUUUUCUUAUAGCAGCCACAUUUACCAACAUGAAUGAUUGUCUUCAUUCCAAACAACUGGGGUAAAAAACUGCAAUGUGGACACAAACCCUGAAACAUGUUUUUAUGUAUUUUGAUGCUUUAGAUUGUAAUUUUAUUUUUUAUUCAUAGAAAAAAAUGACUGUGAAAGCUCAAGAAUGAGUUGUUUAUGUUUAAAUGUUACAAAUUCCUCAGGAAUUUUUCUGUAGAUACCCAAGAUUUAUACAGAUGUAAGAAAUUCCAAAUCCAGGCUUUGAUUAGGGAAUUUUGGGAAGCUUUGAUGGCCAUACGUAGAACAGGACACAAAAGUGGAAACGAUAAGAUGUGUGGUAUACACUGAGGAUUAAGUCUUUUCCCAUCCUUAGAAAUCCAGCCAACGUCUCCCCGCUCACAGUCCAAACAGUAACACACACAAAUAGAAACACAUGGCAGUUAAAAAAAAAAAAAAAAAAAAAGAUAUAAAGUCCACUGUUAAAACUCUUCAAUGCUCCCAUGGCUUGGGUCUGUCAUCUGCACUCAAUGUGAACUCUGUGUAUACAGUCUAAAAUACACCAAACAGAGAUGCAAACCAUCAUUUCAUUUCUGUUCGUCACCCAUCUCUACACCGAGUAAAAUGUAAUCUGUUGUGAAA